AUGUGCAUUUAAAAUCGGUCUAAUUUAUAUUGUUACAAGUUUGUUAAAGAGUGUUACAAAGACAGAUAAUUAAAAGAAUUAGUCCUGGAAUCAUUUUUCAGAUAUUUUAUAUCAUCCCUUUUCCACAUUUUCGUUCAUUUUGAACAGUUUUAUUCAUGUCCUGUAACACAGACGGUUAGAAAAGAGGGUUGUAUGAAGUCUGGAUGAACUUAACAGCAAAAACAGUGGAAGAGUUUUGCACACACAGAGAUUACGUCGUUCUGUUCAAUGACUUUAGAUGGUGCUGUUGCCUAAGCACACUGCUGGUGUGUUUGAUGAAUCUGUCUCCACCCGUCUCAGACAGAAAACAAGACAAGGAUUGGAUUUCUACUCACUCCAUUCGGAUUGAGUUGCGGCUUUGUUUGAUUCUGAAGACUUUAUUUUAAAAAACGAAGAUAUAUUUUUUCAUCUCUGUAUGGAUAACUGAAUUGUUCACAUUUCUUGAGACGAAAUGGGUGAUCUGACACACAGAGGCCCUGUGCUCGUUUGGAAAAUCUCCAUUUUGCUUUUCUGCCUCCAUGCUGCGGUCAGCGGGCAAAUUCGCUAUUCUAUACCAGAGGAAAUGAGGAAAGGACUGUUUGUUGGAGACGUUGCAAAGGACCUAGGACUGGACAUUAGAAGGUUGGUGUCCGGUCGGGCUCGACUUGUAAUAGAUGACGAGCAUCAAUAUGUCACGCUGAAUCAGAACAAAGGACACAUCGUGGUCAAUGAAAGGAUUGACAGAGAAAUCCUUUGCGCAAAAAAGUCGCCCUGCAGCUUUACUCUAGAAAUUGUUCUGGAAGAUCCACUCGAGUUGUUUGCUAUUACAAUCGAGAUACAAGACGUGAAUGACCACGCUCCCGUUUUCCCGAAAAAUGAAAUUAAUUUAGAAAUUAGUGAAUCGACGUCCGCUGGCACGGUGUUUCUGCUUGACAGCGCAGUUGAUCCCGACGUGGGAGUAAACUCGCUGCAGACAUAUUCGUUAAAAGGAAAUGAACGUUUUGUUCUUAAGCAGCAUACUAGAGCUGACGGUAGUAAAUAUCCUGAAAUGAUACUUCAAGGUUAUCUGGACCGCGAGAAACAAAGCGAGCAUACGCUGAUUUUAACAGCGGUUGAUGGCGGAGAGCCGCAAAAAUCAGGAACCGUAAAGAUCAAUGUUUCCGUUUUAGACGCAAACGACAAUGCGCCAAUUUUCACGCAGUUAUUAUAUAAGGCAUCUGUUUUGGAAAACGUCUCACCAGGUGCGGUUAUAGCAAAAGUCAGUGCGGAAGAUGCGGAUCAAGGCUACAAUGGCAACGUCACAUAUUCUUUCACCCACCAAAAAGAUGUUUCAUUGUGUCCUUUUGAGAUCAAUCCAGUCAGUGGUGAGGUUAGACUUACUGGUGAGCUAGACUUCGAAAUGCAUCCAAGUUAUGAGAUAAACCUUCAAGCUAAAGAUCCGUGGGGGUUAGCAGGUGCCAGCAAGUUAAUGAUCGAGAUAGCAGAUGUAAACGACAACAGCCCCGUCAUCACAAUGACAUCAUACUCAGGGAAGAUUUCUGAAGCUCCCCACGGUACGGUGGUGGCUUUGAUUAGUGUCCAAGAUAAGGAUUCGGGGAGAAACGGUCAGGUGCACUUAACUGUAGGAGAAAAUUUACCAUUUAAAAUUAAAUCGUCUCUAAGAAACUAUUAUACACUGGCGACGGAACAAAUCCUCGACCGGGAGAGACACUCGAAAUAUAGCAUUACUCUCACUGCCACUGAUGAAGGCGUUCCUGCCUUAUCAAGCACAAAAGUUUUAGGUCUUGAAGUCACUGAUGUUAAUGACAAUGCUCCAGCAUUUAUCAAGGAUAAUUAUAUCACUCAGGUUAUGGAAAAUAACCCUCCUGGUGUUUCCUUGCUGCAGGUCCACGCAAGGGACCCAGACCUUGGUCAGAACGCACGUAUUUCGUAUUAUCUUAUUGACAGCGAAAUUAAUGGAAGUCCAGCAUCUGCGUAUUUCUCAGUUAAUACCGAAAGUGGAGACAUACAGGCGUUGCGUUCAUUUGAUUAUGAACAACUCAAAGAAUAUAAAAUACGAGUACAAGCAGAGGAUGGAGGUUCUCCUUCACUCCGCAGUAACACAACAGUUAUAAUACGCGUCCAGGACCAAAAUGAUAAUCCUCCUCAGGUUCUGUAUCCAGUCCAGACUGGUGGCUCCAUGGUGGCUGAAAUGGUUCCUCGUUCAGCAGAUGUGGGCUACCUGGUGACUAAAGUGGUGGCUGUGGAUGUGGACUCACAGAAUGCCUGGCUCUCCUAUAAACUACAGAAAGCCACAGACAGAGCGCUGUUUGAAGUGGGCUUACAGAAUGGAGAAAUAAGAACUAUCCGUCAGGUGACUGAUAAAGAUGCUGUGAAACAAAGACUGACUGUCAUAGUGGAGGACAACGGGCAGCCCUCUCGUUCAGCUACAGUCAUUGUUAACGUGGCGGUGGCGGACAGCUUCCCUGAAGUCUUGUCGGAGUUCACUGACUUUCCUCACGAUAAGGAAUACAAUGACAACCUGACUUUUUACUUAGUGUUGGCUCUGGCGGUGGUUUCCUUCCUCUUCAUCACGUGUUUAGUGGUUAUUAUAUCAGUGAAGAUCUACAGAUGGAGACAGUCUCGCAUCCUGUAUCACUCCAGCCUCCCUGUGAUUCCAUAUUAUCCACCUCGUUACUCAGACACUUUGGGAUCAGGAACUUUGCCACACGUGUACAAUUAUGAGGUGUGCAGGACGACUGACUCCAGAAAGAGUGACUGUAAGCUCGGCAGAGGUGGUAGUCAGAAUGUGUUGCUAACGGACCCCAGUUCUUUUGCGACGAUGCAGCGGAUACAGAAUGAGAAGAGCAUCUUGGAUGAAACCGACUCUCCAGUAGAGGUCAGCUAA